AUGUCCAUGUCGCAGCUGCAGGCGGCCGGCGCCAAGGUCGGGCCCAUUGCGAAGCCCAUUGCCGCGCCCAAGUCGCUGCCGGACCCGGGUGAGAUGCCGGUGGACUUUGAGCAGACGCCGCCCGAGACGAAGCCCGACUUCAACGCGGAAAACCGGACCGAGGGCGGGGAUGCGGCGUACAAGAAGAUUGCGGGGCCCAAGGGGGAUUUCGCGAUUGAGACAAUGGAGGAGCUCGGGUUCCCGUCGGCGACGACGCCUCACAAGGGCGGAGAGACGAGGGCGCUGGCGAUGCUCAAGGAGAUUCUGGCCGACAAAAAGUACACGGCCACGUUUGAGAAGCCAAAGACGAGCCCCGCGGCGUUUGAGCCGCAGUCGACGACCUUUCUGUCGCCGUUUCUGCACUUUGGGGCGCUGUCGGUGCGCGAGUUCUACUGGAGGGUGCAGGACGUCGUGACAAAGUACGGCAAGGGGGCUUCCAAGGUGCCGGAGAGCUUGCUGGGGCAGCUGCUCUUCCGCGACAUGUACUUUGCGGCGCACGCGGCACUGGGCUACCAGUUCACGCAGACCGCCAACAACCCCUACUGCCGCUUCAUCCCGUGGCAUUUGCCGUCCAAGGUCGACCACGAGACGGGCCUCGUGACGGGCGAGUACCACGUCGACUCGGCGGAGGCGGACGAGUGGUUCCGGCGGUGGAAGUACGGCGUGACGGGGUUCCCGUGGAUCGACGCCCUGAUGCGGCAGCUUCGCGAGGAGGGAUGGAUUCACCACCUGGGCCGCCACUCGGUCGCCUGCUUCCUAACGAGGGGCGGUUGCUACAUUGACUGGGAGCGCGGCUGCGAAGUGUUCGAGGAGUGGCUGCUCGACCACGAGCCCGCCUGCAACGCCGGCAACUGGCAAUGGCUGAGCUGCACGGCCUUCUUCUCGCAGUACUUUCGGUGCUACAGCCCCGUGUCGUUUGGGCAAAAAUGGGACAAGCAGGGAGCCUUUGUGCGGCGAUGGGUGCCGGAACUCAAGGACCUGGACGCCAAGUACAUUUACGAGCCGUGGAAAGCACCGCUGCCGGACCAGAGAAAGGCCGGAGUCAGGGUGACGGGUCGUGGGGAGAAGCAGGAAAAGGGCGUGUACCCGAAGCCAAUGUUCGACUUCAACGAGAGGAGGACGGCGUGUCUAGCGGCGAUGAAACAGGCGUACGGUGUCGGUCUCCACGGGAAUGACGACAAGGUGCGGGACGGCAGCUGGCGCGAGCUCUUUGCGGGCCAGGACACGGAGAUGAUGGACGAGUUUGAGAGCGACGACGGCGAGCACGCUGACCGCGGCGAGGACCACAAGACGGCGCGGCCCAAGGGAGACGAGAUUACGCCGGCGAAGCGCGGUGCCGACGAAGGGAGUGCCGAGCAGCACGCCGAAAAGAAGAAGAAAAAGUCGUAGCCCGGCGUCGCCGUACGUCUAACUGCAGGUUUGAUGAGAAGUGAUGUGAAUGGUUCUGCUAGCAAAUGAGAAAGAUAAUUUUGCCAUGUUUAUGACCGCUCUGCAUCAUGAAGCGACCAGGGGGGUUCGAUUAAAGUUGUAGAUAAAACCACAACGCUGUAAUACGUGUGGUUGAGUGUUCCCCGGGAAAGUCAAGGUCAGUAAUACGCCGCUGCGUAAAAC